UUCUACAGCCUUCACACCUCAGCCGCCUGCCUAUAUUCUUCAUCUUCUUCUUCCAUCGAACCUGCAAGGUCCAGCAGCAAAAUACAGUGUUUUCGUCCAAUUUCUCCUUCCAGCAGUAGCAUUUUCGGCUACAGCUUCCAUAACCAUCAGUCUCAACCUGCCGCAGCACCACUUACAGAAGAAAACAGCCGCUCGCUGCCACCAGGCAGUCUACCGCGGCCACCGAACAGCUUUCCGUGCAGGAGGACAAGUUUCACAAUGGCGUCUGCUUGUGAAAUUAUGGCCUUGCAAGGUUCGCAUAAACAAAGUUGGUUUUUGUCAAAGUCUUCGAUUCCUCAACGAAAACGGCUGGCUAGGGUUAUGCUUCGCUCCCAAAGUCUGUUAGCUAACCAGUUCAAUAAAGGAAUUUUGUCAAGAUCAGCUACUGGAUUUAGAUGUUCAUCGUCGUUAAAGAUCAGAGCAAUGAUUCCUGGGAAUCUUGACGCUACAGUUAUUGAACCCAAGCACCUUUUUCCGGUUGGUGAAAAAGUCAUACAUUUUUACCGCGUUCCAUUGGUUCAAGAGAGUGCAACUGUUGAACUCCUGAAAUCCGUCCAGACAAAAGUUUCUAAUCAAAUAAUUGGCUUGAAGACCGAGCAAUGUUUCAACAUUGAGAUUGUUUCUGAACUCUCAAAAGAAAAACUUUCUGUCCUCAAGUGGCUUCUUAGAGAAACCUAUGAGCCUGAUAAUUUAGGGACAGAGAGCUUUCUUAAUGAGGAGAGCAAGGCAGCUUCAGACACGGUUAGUGUUGAAGUGGGUCCCCGGUUGUCUUUCACAACAGCCUGGUCUGCUAAUGCUGUAUCUAUUUGCAAGGCAUGUGGGUUGGAAGAGGUUAUAAGAAUAGAGCGCUCGAGGAGAUACUUGCUCUUUCUCAGGCCCGGAAGUGGAUUAUUGCAAGAUCAAAUAAUGGACGAGUUUGCUGCGAUGGUUCAUGAUCGGAUGACAGAAUGCAUAUAUACGAAGACACUCACAUCAUUUGAGACGAAUGUGGUCCCCGAGAAAGUUAAGUUUGUACCUGUAAUGGAGGAGGGGCGGAAGGCAUUGGAAGAGAUUAAUCAGAGGAUGGGUUUGGCAUUUGACGAACAAGAUCUAGAGUAUUAUACCAAACUUUUCAAGGAUGAUAUCAAACGCAAUCCGACAACAGUUGAGCUUUUUGAUAUUGCUCAAUCUAAUAGUGAGCACAGCAGGCACUGGUUCUUUACUGGAAAGAUUCUCAUAGAUGGACAACCUAUGAGUAAGACAUUAAUGCAGAUUGUAAAGAGCACUUUGCAGGCAAACCCUAACAACUCUGUUAUUGGAUUUAAGGAUAAUUCCAGUGCAAUCAAGGGUUUCCAAGUGAAUCAGCUUCGACCUCUUCAGCCGGGUUCCACUUGUCCACUUGACAUUGCUAUUCGUGAUCUUGAUGUGCUAUUUACAGCCGAAACCCAUAAUUUCCCAUGUGCAGUAGCACCUUAUCCUGGUGCAGAAACGGGCGCAGGAGGUCGAAUCAGAGACACUCAUGCUACUGGAAAAGGGUCAUUUGUUGUUGCUUCUACAGCAGGUUAUUGUGUUGGUAAUCUUAACAUUGAAGGAAACAAUGCCCCUUGGGAAGAUCCAUCGUUUAUUUAUCCGUCGAACUUAGCUUCACCUUUGAAAAUUUUGAUUGAUGCCAGCAAUGGGGCUUCUGAUUACGGUAACAAAUUUGGGGAGCCUUUGAUUCAAGGUUAUACCAGAACGUUUGGAAUGAGGCUUCCAAAUGGGGAAAGGAGAGAAUGGUUGAAGCCUAUCAUGUUCAGUGCAGGUAUUGGGCUCAUUGACCACACCCAUAUAUCAAAAGAGGAACCUGACAUCGGGAUGCUAGUGGUGAAGCUUGGAGGACCAGCUUACCGCAUUGGAAUGGGAGGUGGAGCGGCAUCUAGCAUGGUUAGUGGUCAGAACGAUGCUGAGCUCGAUUUUAACGCUGUUCAACGAGGCGAUGCUGAAAUGGCGCAGAAAUUGUACCGUGUAGUGCGCGCUUGUGUUGAAAUGGGAGAGAAGAAUCCUAUUGUUAGUAUUCACGAUCAGGGAGCUGGAGGAAACUGUAAUGUCGUGAAAGAAAUCAUAUAUCCGAAGGGAGCUGAAAUCGAUAUUCGGGCGAUCGUAGUUGGGGACCUCACAAUGUCGGUCCUAGAGAUAUGGGGUGCUGAAUAUCAAGAGCAGGACGCGAUAUUGAUCAGACCUGAAAGCCGCAGCUUGUUACAGUCAAUUUGCGAUAGAGAAAGGGUUUCUGUGGCUAUUAUUGGAACGAUUAGCGGCGAUGGUCGUGUUGUUUUGGUAGAUAGUAAGGCAGUUGAAGAAUGUCGCUCAAAUGGGCUUCCUCCGCCGCUUGCUGCAGUUGACCUCGAGCUUGAGCGAGUUUUGGGCGAUAUGCCUCAGAAAACCUUUGCAUUUCAUCGAACCACUCCUGCUUUGGAGCCUCUUGAUAUUGCUCCCGGUUUUACAGUUAUGGAUGCUUUAAAGAGAGUAAUGAGGUUGCCUUCUGUCUGUUCGAAACGUUUCUUGACGACUAAAGUCGAUAGAUGCGUAACGGGACUUGUCGCACAACAACAAACUGUGGGGCCCUUGCAAAUCCCUCUUGCUGAUGUGGCUGUUAUUGCACAAACCUAUAAUGACUUCACCGGAGGUGCGUGUGCGAUUGGGGAACAACCGAUAAAGGGUCUGCUGAAUCCGAAGGCGAUGGCUCGCCUCGCUGUUGGGGAAGCUCUCACGAAUCUUGUAUGGGCAAAAGUUACGUCUCUUUCUGAUGUGAAAGCAAGUGGGAAUUGGAUGUAUGCUGCGAAACUCGAUGGGGAAGGAGCUACAAUGUACGACGCAGCCAUUGCUCUUUCGGAGGCAAUGAUUGAACUUGGAAUUGCGAUCGAUGGUGGGAAAGAUAGCUUGUCUAUGGCUGCCCAAGCAUCAGGUGAGGUUGUCAAGGCACCUGGAAAUCUAGUUAUAAGUGCCUAUGUUACUUGUCCUGAUAUAACCAAAACAGUUACUCCUGAUCUGAAACUCGGAGAUAAUGGGAUCUUGCUUUUCAUCGACUUGGCAAAGGGAAAAAGACGCCUUGGUGGGUCUGCUCUUGCUCAAGUAUUUGACCAAGUUGGGGAUGACUGUCCAGACCUUGACGAUGUUUCUUACUUGAAGAGGGUGUUUAAUGGUGUUCAGGAUCUUCUCACAGACGAGUUGAUCUCAGCCGGUCAUGAUGUUAGUGAUGGUGGCUUGAUUGUGUGCGCGCUUGAAAUGGCAUUUGCUGGCAAUUGUGGUAUUCAUUUGAACUUGACUUCGUCGAACAACAAUAGCCUCUUCGAAACUCUUUUCUCAGAAGAGCUUGGCCUUGUUCUCGAGGUUAGUAAGGAUAAACUUGGCAUGGUAGUGGAAAGACUCGACAAAGCUCACAUUUCUUCUGAGAUCAUCGGGGAAGUAAGUUCUACACCCAUAAUCGAGUUGAAGGUCGAUGGGAUAAGUCAUUUGAACGAGAAAACUUCGCUCCUUAGAAACGCAUGGGAGGAAACAAGCUUCCAGCUCGAAAAGUUCCAAAGAUUGGAUUACUGCGUCGAUUCGGAAAAAGAUGGGUUAAAGAACAGGCAUGAACCGACAUGGUCAUUGACAUUCACUCCAACAUUUACUGACAAGAAGUUUAUGACAGCUGCCGUGAAGCCCAAAGUAGCUGUGAUUAGAGAAGAAGGCAGCAAUGGCGAUAGAGAAAUGUCUGCUGCAUUAUAUGCAGCUGGCUUUCAACCAUGGGACAUCACAAUGUCGGAUCUCCUUACUGGCAAUAUAUCACUUCAUGACUUCCGAGGAAUUGCAUUUGUUGGAGGUUUUAGCUACGCCGAUGUGCUGGACUCCGCGAAAGGUUGGUCAGCUUCAAUAAGGUUCAACCAACCACUUCUUAAGCAGUUCCAAGAAUUCUACGACCGACCAGACACAUUUAGCUUGGGAGUUUGUAACGGAUGUCAACUGAUGGCUCUAUUAGGUUGGGUCCCAGGUCCGUCUGUUGGAGGUUCAUUAGGGUUCGGAGGAGACCCGUCACAACCAAGGUUCGUUCACAACGAGUCGGGUAGGUUCGAAUGCCGAUUUACAAACGUGACGAUUAAGGACUCUCCAGCUAUAAUGUUGAAAGGAAUGGAGGGUAGUACUAUUGGUGUUUGGGCUGCUCAUGGUGAGGGCAGAGCUUAUUUUCCAGAUGAUGGUAUUUUAGAGCAUGUGAUGAAGUCAAGCUUGGCUCCGGUUAGAUACUGUGAUGAUGAAGGCAUUCCAACUGAAACAUAUCCGUUUAAUCUGAAUGGCUCUCCUUUGGGUAUAGCGGCCCUUUGCUCUCCGAAUGGAAGACAUCUGGCGAUGAUGCCUCAUCCUGAACGUUGCUUCUUGACGUGGCAGUAUCCGUGGUAUCCUAAGCACUUGAAUUUGGACAAGAAAGGUCCCAGUCCAUGGCUGCAAAUGUUUCAAAACGCCAGAGAGUGGUGCUCCUCCUCCUAAGAUAAGGCGAGUGCAAUGAAUCUGGAGAGAGCAAUCCAGGAAAUUUUAGACAAGGGUUCGUACAUCUUUUAAUUACUAUGAGAGUGUUAGUUGAAUAUUUUGUAUACUGUAUAUUCACUUUUUUUUGUAUGGAUUUAUUUUCUUAGAUUCUGAUUAUGGUUUGAGUUAACCUUAUUUCCUUUUUCA